AGUGAAAAAUUAUCAACUCUUUUACUGUAAAGCUCAGGAUUUACAAUUAAUUCUGUCACAGUGAUUUUUAUGCUCCCUUAGAUUAGUUCUUACCCGUGUCAAGUCCAUACUGUUUGAAAUGUGACUGUCAUUUUCAUGGUGUUAACAUUUGUGCAGCGACACUUUCUCCUGAUUCUGGACAAGAAGUUUCAAACUUUUGCGGGUUGACAUAAUGAAAUAAACAUCGAAGGAAGUUAUAAGUGGAUUCAGCAAGUCGUAUGCAUCUUCCUGAACAUAUUUCCUCCGGUCAAACAAUAUGUGAAUGGAGACGACUGAUGGAUUCAAGGUAGUGGAUUGCUCACAGCUUCAUCUGAAUGUUGCUACUACUAGCAACGGCCAAGGGCUUUUGUUAAUGACAGGAAUAGGACAUUAUCAUCGACUAACACACAAUCACACAGAGGUAAUGAACCAGGUGACUUGAAAGUGUAUUCAAGAUGACCGUGCAGUAUUGAAUUUUGAAAUUCAAAGAAAACAUAUGUCAACUUGAAAGUAACAAUGGACCAGUCUGUGGAAGCAAAAGGUAGUCAAAUCUCUGCUGUUCCCCUUGACAGUAAAAAGAUAGAUUUUUUAGAAAAUUUUAUUCAAAAAAAUAUUGAAAUCCUAAAUGAAAAAAAGCACACGGUUGCUGAAAGAAAGAAACCCCCCAAUUUUCAGUGUAAAUUCUGUUUGAAGCAUUUUGCUUGCGGCCCAAGUGUUAGCCGACAUAGGAAAAUAUGUCCACUGAAUGAAAAUGCUAAAAAAGAAAAGACUUUAGUUUGCCAUCUUUGUAAUAACACAUUCAGCCGCAUAGAUGGGUUGAAAGUGCAUAUGAAAAGGUGCUCCAGCACAGCGUUAAAAAAGUAUAAGAAUUGCCUCUAUCAAAACUGUAAUGUCAAAUUCUAUCAUAAGCAAGCUCUCAUGCAACACCUUACCAACUCCCAUGGACAGGUCUUUCAGAAGGAGAUACAAAAAGUUUUUCUGAAUGAGCAAUCAUUUUACGCGUGGAAAGAGCGAACAGAAGAGAGUACAUUUUCCUAUUUUUCUAAGAAAAAUGGGAAGAAAGCCAACAUCCAAUAUUUCUAUUGCCAGCAGGACGGUGAGUCCAGAGGCGCCGAAAGAAAGACUGCUCGUAAAAAUUCCAAAGGCCAAAUAAGAUCCGGUAAAACUUGCAUAGCCAGUAUGAAAGUUAUUAAAUUAAAAAAUGAUGCUGUACUAGUUAAAUUUCAACCAAUGCAUUGUCAUGUUCUGAAACCAGAAGAUCUGAAGCAUCACCCUCUUUCCAAAAAUACAUACAGCUCCAUAAAUGAACAACUUUCAAUGGGUCUGUCUCCUAAACAAAUCAUUAAAACUCUAGAUGGCAAGUCUAAUCAAAAUUCAGAUCUCAAUAAAACUCCAGCCAGUAAAAAGAACGAUUUUGUGACGGUGCAUAGGAUACAAGGUAUAGCUCGUCUGAGGCGAGUCAAACUAAGGUCAGAUCCGGAUGAUUUUGUUUCCUUAACAAAAAUGAUCGAAAAAUUUAAAGAUGAACCGAGCAAUCCUUUUAUUCUUUUCAAAGUAGCAAAAGGAGAAGUAGCAAUAGGGCCUGCUGAAAUUCAAGAGUUUGUCACAUCCUCUGAUUUAUUUUUGUUGGGUAUACAGACUCCUGAACAGCAGAGAAUUUUUGCUCAUAAAGCAGGAGAAAUUUUAUCAAUAAAUGUAGCAUACGGAACUAAUAGAUAUGAUUACCCUCUUUUAACCAUCACCGUACCAGAUGAGUAUCAUCGAGGUUACCCAGUUGCUCAUUUUGUAUCCAAUCUGAUGGACGUGAAUUCUUUAAUUUGUUUUUUUCUUGCUCUCAAACAACGCAAUUCCAAUGUUGAGGUAACUUGUAUCAUUACAAAUGAUGAUCCUGUACUGUAUGAAGCUACAGAAACUGUAUUUGGCACUCAGUUCCGUCAUCUCCUGUGUUUGUGGCAUGUCAACUUGACUUUUCAAAAUUACUUAAACAGUUUAGUCCCUGUUGAUCACAGAGAAGAAAUGUUUACUUUCAUCAAUUUGUUGAUAUCCUCCACCGACGAAGAAUGGUUCAUCAAUAUGUUUGACAAUUUUGUCAGUACGUAUAAAGAAAUUUCCCCUGAGUUUAUAGAAAUUUUUGAAAAAUAUAGAGAUACUGCUCUUAAAUGGGCCAUGGCCUAUCGAAAUUUUCCACAUGGCAACAUAGACACCGUUUUAUUGAAUGAGGCUUUCACCAAUAGAUUGAAAGCAACUUGCACAAAGAAAAAGGCCAACUGGCGUUUGGAUGAUCUCACAACUCUCCUGCUCGAAAUUGAACAGGACGACUUUGAUCUUCGUAUUAAAGAAAAUUGUCUCAAUUUGCCUUUUGGGUUAGAUGAUGCUAAAAAUUCACGCCAUGUGAAAGGUCUCGAAAUCCCCAACAAAGAUGUUACUGAGCAAUUUUCUAAUCAAUGGACAGUGAUGUCUCAAACAAGUAGGGACAAGAAAUAUUUUGUAUCUAAAUGUAAUGACACUUGCGAAUGUGACCCUUGUCCUUUUAUCUGUAAGGAUUUGUUAUGUUAUAAGCUUUGUGUUCACCUUUAUUUUUGUACCUGUACCGAUAAAAGUCCCUUGUGUAAACAUAUUCACAAGGUGCAUUCGUUGUUGACGAAAAUUAUAACAAUACCUGCCGAUGGGGUAGCAGGCUCUUCUUUUAGUUUACAAGAAGAAAAUGUUACUUUGUAUGAAGAAAAUAUUGCUGAAGCUGAGACAAUAAUUGAAGAUAUUCAGGUGUUUGAAACAGCAGCUCAAGAAAUUUCAGAGCCAGAACUUGUCAACUUCCACCCCUUUGAUAUGAUGAGUCUGUGCGUUCAAGAUGAAGUAGAAAUUUGCAGCGAAGAAGAGAAUCGUAUUGAGGAAGAAGAAGUAAUAGAGGAAAGUUCUAUUGAUUUAAUUUUACCAGAGGAACACGUUCAAGAAGAUAAGGCAGCUUUGAUAGAGGAAAUUGAAGUAUUUGAAAGUGAAUCAUCUUCUCCCGCAAAUUGUAGUUUAGACGAAACUAAUUCCAUUAGAUCUAGAAUUGCAGAAAAUAUUUCUAAGCUCAAUGAUAUGUUACAGCGAUGCGAUGUCUCUGAUGAUUUUUUGAAUCAUGCGCAGAUGUCUUUACAAAAUUUGUUACAAAUGGUUGAGUCUCAGCGGUAGUCUCUGUUAACCUUCCACCGUGUUAAUUCCAUUUGUUCUUUCAUUGUUACCUUUUUCUACGCUUUUCUACUCAAAAAAAAAAAAAAGGAGACCCCAGAUACAGUAUAGCUUAAAUAAAUUUCUUUGAAUUUUGA